UAUUAGUCUUAACUUAAACGCGCAUCGCAACGCAUUGCAUUGCAGCCAAGUUCCGGUUCCGGGAAAUAUCAACAUAAAAACAUGAACACAAUAUUCCAGAAUAUUUGAAAACUAAAAAGACACAUUUAUUUUUUGUGAUUUUCUGCUAUUUAAGUGAAGCUUUUAUGACAAUUUUGUGGUUAGUGCUGUAGUAAUUUUAACAUUUCGAGUGAUUACCGUUAACCCAAAAAAAAGCGCGGGAUUUGAACUGCAUGUUUUUUUUUUUAAAGUUCAACGAGAAAAAAAUGAUAUAAAAAUGUAUGAAUGAAUGAGUUUUUUUUCGCCAAAAUCUGCUGCGUGUGCAAUUCAAUUCGAAUAACAAAACAAAAAACAUAAAGAAAAGCAAAAAAACAAAAGAAAAGAUACCGCGAAAAGUCAUAAAGAAAAGGCAGUCAAUUGCCCAAGGAGAGGACCUCCAGUAGGAUUACCAGAACCACCAGAGACACCACCAUCAGGGGCAGCAGCAGGCGCGGCACCACCAUGCUGCCGCAGCAGUACUGCCUGAGGUGGAAGUACCACCAUAGCAAUCUGCAGACCAUGUUCUCCCAGCUCCUGGAUCGCGGAUGCUUCUGCGACGUGACCUUGGCCUGCGAGGGCCAGCUCAUCCGCGCCCACCGAGUCGUCCUGUGCGCCUGCAGCACCUUCUUCGACGCCGUGCUCUCCAACUAUGCCAGCGAACGUGAUCCGAUCAUCAUUAUGAAGGAUGUGACUUUUGCGGAGGUCAAGUGCCUCAUCGAGUUCAUGUACAAGGGCGAAAUCAAUGUGGAGCAUGCCAGCCUCCCCUCACUGUUGAAGACCGCUGACGACCUGAAGAUCAAGGGCCUGGCUGAGGUGACCUGGCGCGAUGACGAGGACGGACCGCCACCUCCGAUGGCCGCCGCGGAAUUCCACUCGCCGCCACGCAGCCUGGCAGAGAGCUACGCCCAGGACCUAAUCCUCCAGCACCAGCAGCAGCAGCAGCCCCAAGCUGGCCCACCCUUGCAUCUGCACAGCUCUGUGAUUUUGGACAGAGAACGCGAACGGGAUCGCGAUCGGGAACAUCUGUCGCCGGGCAUGGAGAGCGUUCUGGGUCGUAUGCCCGUGAUGACGCCGCUGCCGGGUGCCUCGGGUUCAGCCGGAGUGGGUGCGAUAUCCGGGGCCACAUCCCUCGAGGGCGUCGCACCCGUUGAGCACUUCCUGGGUCCCAAACGCAAGCGGGGUCGUCCACCACUAGACGACUCUUACGAUGUGUUCAAUGUACGCAAGCUGGCCCAGUAUGCCGCCAACCUGGAGCCCGCCCAGCGUGCCUACUUGGAGACGGCCCGUCACUUUGCGGAGGAGCCGCCGCUGGCCGCCCAUGCCGCCUCGAUGGCCUCCCCGCCCGCCGCCUGCCCGCCCAAACAGCGCCAGCGUCUGCGUCACCAGCAGCAACAGCAGCAGCAGCAGCUCCUCCAGUCGGAGGCCAGUGACCAGGAGCCAUCGGUUGCCGCUGGCCAGGAUUGGUCCAAUUCAGAGCCAAAUGGCAGUCGCACACCCAAGAUUCCCAGCGAUGGCGAGGCCAACAAACAGGAAACGGAAGUCGGCGAUGAAUCGCAACCGGAAGUGCUGUCGACCAGCAGCAGCAGCGGCAGCGGGGGCAGUGCCUCCAAAAAGCUUGAGAAGAUCAGCGAGCGUCGCGAACGUCAUGGCAAACUGCGUCAUGCCCGUCGGCUGUAUGAGAAGUCUGGAGAGGAUGAGGUUGAGCCGCCAAAGGAGGAACCCGAUGAGCUGCCGCAACCGCUGGAGGAGAUCGAGAACGAGCAUCUGGUGGCGAAUAGGGCGGAGUCGCCACGUCCUACGGCCGUGAAUCCGGCCAGUUUUGCCUGCAAAUACGAGGGGGGCGUGGCAGCGGGAGGAGGAGGAUCCGGAUCCGCCACUGGUGGAUCCUCCUAUUUGAUCAACGAACAUGGCAUGCUGAUGGCCCAUGAAUUUGGGCCGAAUGCAGCCAGUGUGGCUGCCACCGCUGCCGUUGCAGCAGCUGCCGCCGCCGCCGCCGUGGCAAAUGCCUCAGCCGGAAACGGAAGCGGAAACGGUGGCCAGGAUCCGGGUGGCAGUGGCACCGGUGCCCCCGCCGACUAUCCCGACAUCAAGCUGGAGGACUACGAUGCCGCCGAACUGCGACUGACGAACGAGGAGCUGUCGCAGUGGCAGGACGUCAUCAAGAUGGACGACUAUCUGGCCAAGGGGCGGCGUCCGCAAUUCUGGGAGGAACCCUUCACCAAGCGCGUGCUGGAUGCCAUUAAAAACAAAAGACUCGAGAUGAAGAAGGCCGCCAGAAUUCUGGGCGUUUCCUACGGCACUCUAUAUGGGCGUUACCGCGAGGUCUAUGGCUGCUUGAAGCAUCCUUACAGUGGCACCGCCUUCCGUAACUCGGGAUCCACCUCGGCCAGCCAGUUGGGAGUUCAGCCUCGCUUCGAUUUGGGAUUCCGCAAUGGGGGAGUCCUGCCAGCUCAGCUGGUCCAAACCAAUCCCUAUUUGCAGAGCUGGGCAAGCUGAAGAAGGAUCUGAGCGACCUAUGGACACGUCCGCAGAUUUGAGGACCAACCAAUGCCACAACUAUGAAGAAACUACAGAAAAAUCUCAAACGACGCCACAGGCUGAUCUAGGAUCACAAGGAUAAAAGACAGCUAGACGAGGCUAGUUUUAGAUCCCGAAGAAUACUUUCCUGAAUCGAUUCCCACAUUAAUAUGUUGUACCCCUCGGUUGGGGUCACAACUAUAACUGAUCUUCUACACAUUUAGGAUCUUAUUAUUACAUAAUACUAUAUAUAAUAUAAAUACAUGUCUAUACAUACAUUUAAAGCCGACGCACGCGUGGAUUAGUUAAUUGAAAUACAUAUUAUAAAUACACACGGGCACGUGUUGUUUUAGAGAUAAA